AUGAAAGAUGAAGGAGUUGUGUUUAAGGAGUCACUCUUUAUUUUGAUUAUGAAGUAUCAUGGGAAGGCAGGGUUGCCUGGCCAAGCAACUAGGCUUUUGUUGGACAUGUGGGGUAUUUAUUCCUGUGACCCCACUUUUAAGUCUUACAAUGUUGUGUUGGAGGUUCUGGUUGAUGGUAAUUAUCCCAGAGUAGCACCUAAUGUUUUCUAUGACAUGUUAAGUAGAGGUGUUUCUCCGACCGUGCAUACGUUUGGUGUGGUCAUGAAAGCCUUGUGUAUGGUUAAUGAGGUUGAUUCCGCUAGCUCGCUUCUCAGGGACAUGGCGAAGCAUGGGUGUGACAUGUUUCGAUGUGCUUUGUCGACUGAUGUUCGGACCUUCAAUGAUGUCAUCUAUGGCCUCUGCGAGGCCAGUCGGAUUCAUGAGGCGGUGAAGUUGCUUGACCGAAUGCUCCUUCGUGGUUUCAGCGCCGAUGCUCGACUUAUGGAUAUUUAA